UAGUAACACAGAUUUUGCAGUGCCAGUGUGUCGUGUGUCGUCCAGUGUCAGAUAUGACAAACUAUUGCCAAUUGAUGUAAACGAAUUCGCCGUGCGUUGCCAAGUGAAGUGUAACAGUGUAUCAGCAGGUUUCAGACGACGCUUUCACCGUUUUCGCACGCCACCCCCCCCCCCCCCCCACACACACACACACACUCACACUCACACACAGACACGCACUGCACUGCAGAAAAUAGCAGAGAAUACAAGAACAAGAACAAUUGAAUCUGCAAUUUGAAUUGUGAUCCCCCGCAAGAUGCAACAGAACGCAGCAAGCAAUCCGUUUUCGGUGGCCGCCUAUGGCGAUCGACCCCAAAUAGGGCUGGACGUGGAGUUCGGCGCCGAUCCGGCCAGCGGUGCCGCAUUCUUUCAGAGCGAUGGCCGCAAGCAUGACGACCUCAAGCAGAUGCUGGACAGCAAUAAGGACGGCCUCAAGCUGGAGGCGAUGAAGCGCAUCAUUGGGAUGAUAGCGCGCGGACGCGAUGCCAGCGAUCUGUUUCCGGCUGUCGUCAAGAAUGUCGUGUCCAAGAAUAUUGAGGUGAAGAAACUGGUGUAUGUCUAUUUGGUGCGCUAUGCCGAGGAGCAGCAGGAUUUGGCACUGCUCUCCAUAUCAACAUUCCAGCGCGCACUGAAGGAUCCCAAUCAGUUAAUACGCGCCUCAGCAUUGCGCGUCCUCUCUUCCAUACGGGUCAGCAUGAUUGUGCCCAUUGUUAUGCUGGCGAUCCGGGACAGCGCCGCCGAUCUGAGUGCAUAUGUGCGCAAGACGGCAGCGCAUGCCAUACCCAAGCUGUACUCGCUGGACGCCGAGCAGAAGGACGAGCUGGUCACGGUCAUUGAGAAGCUCCUCUCGGAUCGCACCACGCUCGUGGUGGGCUCUGCCGUCAUGGCCUUUGAUGAGGUUUGCCCGGAACGCGUGGAUCUAAUACACAAGAACUAUCGCAAGCUGUGCAAUCUGCUCGUGGAUGUGGAUGAAUGGGGCCAGGUGAUUAUCAUCAAUAUGUUGACGCGCUAUGCACGCACCCAGUUCGUUGAUCCCAAUGCGGACGAGGAGCCGGGCCAGAAUGAGGCUCUGGACGCGGAUGCGCCCCCCAAUGAGCGCUUCUAUGAUGAGUCCUCAAAUUCCAGCAGCGAUGCGAAUGCCACCAGCGAGGACGAGGCCACAGCGACAGGCACAGCCACGGCCAAGGGCAAGGCCAAGGCCAAGUCGAGCAACAACAACAGCAACAACAAUGACAAAGACAAUGAGAAUAGCAGCAACAAUUACCACAUCGACCUGGAUCAUCGCCUGCUGCUGCGCCAGACCAAGCCGCUGCUGCAGUCACGCAAUGCUUCAGUUGUGAUGGCCGUGGCCCAGCUCUACCAUCAUGUGGCGCCUCGCAAUGAGGUGCAGCUAAUAGCCAAGGCUCUCAUACGGCUGUUGCGUUCGCACAAGGAGGUGCAGAGCGUGGUGCUCAAUUGCAUUGCGUCCAUGUCGGGGCGACGCAAGGUCAUCUUUGAGCCGCAUCUCAAGUCGUUCUUUGUGCGCACCAGCGAUCCCACGCACAUCAAGCUACUCAAGCUGGACAUACUCACAAAUCUGGCGUCCGCCUCGAGCAUCUCGCUCAUCUUGCGCGAAUUCCAGACCUACAUCUCCAGCAACGAUCGUCCGUUCGUGGCGGCCACCAUUCAGGCCAUCGGACGCUGUGCAGCCAGCAUCAAGGCGGUCACCGAGACUUGCCUCAGCGGUCUAGUGCAUCUACUCUCCAAUCAUGAUGAGCACGUGGUCGCCGAGAGCGUGGUGGUCAUCAAGAAGCUGCUGCAGAGCAAGGCCGCCGAGCACUACGAGAUUAUCACCCAGAUGGCCAAGCUGAUUGACUACAUCAAUGUGGCGGCUGCGCGUGCGGCAAUCAUUUGGCUAAUUGGCGAAUACAAUGAGAAGGUGCCGCUUAUCGCGCCAGAUGUGCUGCGGAAGAUGGCCAAAUCGUUUGUGGAUGAGCAGGAUGUGGUCAAGCUGCAGGUGCUCAAUCUGGGCGUCAAGCUCUAUCUGACCAAUCCGGCGCAGACGUCGCUGCUCUGCCAGUACGUGUUCACGCUGGCCCGCUACGAUACCAACUAUGAUGUCCGCGAUCGGGCGCGUUUUCUGCGCCAGUUCAUCUUCCCCGCCAGCGGCGGCACCACUGUGCUCACGGAGCACGCACGUCAGGUGUUUCUGGCUGCCAAGCCGGCACCCGUGCCGGAAAGCAAAUACCGUGACAGCAAUAUCUAUCAGCUUGGCUCUCUAUCGCACUAUCUAAAUAUGCAAGCGACCGGCUACAAAGAACUGCCCGCAUUUCCCGUCGUCGCACCCGAUGCCAGUGUGCGCAACAUUGCCGGCUACAUGCAGGAGAAGCUGCCCGGCGAGAGUCCCGCCCGCAGCAAGUCCUCCUCAGCCAAGGGCGCUGGCAAGGAGGCGCGCGAAAAGGGCUUCCUAUCCGAGUCGGAGAAGUCAUCCGCCUACACCGAGUCCAGCGGCAGCAGCAGCGACUCCAGCAGCGACAGCUCAUCCGGCAGCGACAGCGAACAGGAGGAUCAGAUCAAACCGGCACAAGACAAGACACCAAAGGCUGCCAGUGCGGCGCCCAAGCUGAUCGAUGAGACCAGUGGCAAUUCGACCGAUGCUGCCGCCGGCGCCAGUUCCGCAACGGGCCAUAAUCUCAACAACAAUGCUGUUGCCGAUUCGGGCACCUCGGACAGCGGCGAGUCCUCGCUCUACAGCGGCAGCGACGGCGACAGCAGCGAUUCGGGCAGCGACAGCGAGCAGCAGCAGCAGCAGCAGCAGCAGCAGAAGCACAAGCCAAAGGAUUCGGCUGAGCAGAAGCAGCAGCCGUCGUCUCAGCCGGAACCGCAGCCGCCAGCCAAAAGCAGUCUGGAUCUGCUGCUCGAUCUGGACGAUAUACCGCCCAUUGGGCCUGUGAUGACGCCCUCGCUGGGUGGAUUCCUAACGCCAGGCACACCGAUGAUGCCUGGCCAGGCUACUUUGCAGCCGCAGCAGGCGCGCAAUCGGAUCGAAUUGGUUGGACCCUCGCACACGGAAUUCAAGCACAAGGAGCUGCUGAACAAGGUCAGCGGACAUGGCUUGCAGCUCUCGUAUCGCUUCACACGAGCACCGCAUCUCUACUCGUCGGCCAUGUGCUCCAUUGAGCUGCAGUUUCAGAAUCGCAGCGACCAGGAGCUGACCAGCAUACGCAUGGGCCAGCAGCAGCUGCCGCCGGGCAUGCUGCUCAGUGAAUUUGCCCCGAUAGCACAGCUGCAGCCCCAGCAGCUGGCGAGCGGCAUACUGGGCGUGGACUUUAACGAUACAACGCAUGCGAUCGACUUCGAGCUAAUCUCCAGCGGCGGCAGUGCACGCGUCCAGCUAAAGCCGCCGGUGGGCGAGCUGGUCCGGUCGGUCCAAAUCGGCGAGAGCUGUCACCGGGAGGAGCGUGCCAAGCUGCGCGGCAUGAACGAGCACCAGUGCGAGCUGCGCGGCAUGCAGCGUGACCAAGUCGAUCUGUUGGCGCUCAAGCAAAAGGUAUACGAGUGCCUCAACGUGGCGCACACAUACAGCUCGCCGGCGGAGCAGCUGCAUUGCUUUGCGGGGCAAACGCUCAGCUCCAAGAGCCUGGUGCUGCUCACGCUGCAAUGGCAAACGGAUGACGCGCUCACCCUGCUGGUCAACUGCGAGAAGAUGGUCAUCGGCUCCAUGGUGCUCAACGAGCUGCGCAAUGCGCUCCAGCUGAGCUUUGCCAUCUAAGAGCAGACCCUAUAUAUAUAUAUAUAUAUAUAUGUGUGUGUGUGUGUGUAUAUAUAUUAGGCAACCUUUGUAAUUGUAAUCCAGCCAGAUUAAUCAGUUGAAACUAUUGUUAACUGAACAAAUUAUGUGCAGCACACAACAUGGUUUCCAUGGCCCAAUACAAAUGCUACAUAGAACAAAGCCGCAGCAUUACGUAUAUAGAAAAUAACAUAUAACACAACAUAUAUAUAUAUAUAUAUAUAUAUAUAUAUACACAUACGUCAAUACUAGAUUAUACGAAAUGCGAUUCCAAACAGCUUAAAUGAAGUAAAAGCUAAGCAAAGCAAACUUAAAGAAAAACUUGACAAUUUUGUUGCAUGUGUGUGUCUAUAUCUAUGCAUAUAUUUGUAUUUGUACUAUUAAGUCAUAUAUAUUUAUAUAUAUAUAUAUACACGUAUGUGCAGCUAUGUGUGCGUGCGUGUGUGUGUGUGUGUGUGUGUAUGCGUGUGUUUUUGAUGUUGUAACUCUGUUGCCUUUGUGUGCUCUAUGCGGCCUUUUUCGAACUCUCUAACAGAACUAUAUAAAUAUAAAAGCAUAUAUAUAUAUAUAUAGAAAUCAUAUCUAACUGAUGUCUAGCAGCAAAAACUAAUUGUUAACUGAAAUUGUUGCCUAAUUAGCUCGAUGACAAAUUGAAAGCUACUUUAUCUUAUAUAUACAUAU